AUGGCUACAUCAAACGACGAUGAUGGCUGGAAGCCGGAUCGCAAGUACAUGGAAGACGUCGAGCCAGAAGACCAGCAGGUCCUCCUGGGCACCGAGGAGCGCCUGGAAACUGGAAACCAUUCAAUUGUGUACCGUGUCUUCAAGAGAGGUCGCGCUCCGCCGCCUAUCUGUAAGACGCCUGAAUGUGUUCACGCGGCGUCGGAGAUCCUCUACAAUCUGGAUACAAACUAUGAGAAGAUUGACCCCUGUACCGACUUUGACCAGUAUGUCUGCGGUGGUUGGAGAGAGCGCCAUGAUAUGCGCGCUGACCAGGGUUCGGUCUUUGCUGGAACCAUGAUGGAGGAGGUUGCCCAGAGCCGCCUUCGUCAUAUUCUGGAGCGCUCAGAGGCUCCGCAGGAUGACGCCGGAAAUUUCAAGAAGCUGAAGGAUGCGUACAGCGCUUGUCUGGAUGAAUCUGUUAUCCGGGAACGCGGCAUUCAGCCCUUGGUUGAAGUUCUAGCGAAGCUGCAAAGCAUCUAUCCUGAAAACGACGAAACCACCAUGGGCACCGAAGAUCAUAUCACUGACGCUGUACUGUUCCUCAUUCAAACUAGUGUUGAGGCUCUUGUGUCUCCAGGUGUUUCGCCCGACGAUAGGGAUCCUGAUAACGUUGUUAUUUUUGUGAACCCGCCUGGGGAAAUUGGACUUCCCGCACGCGAGUAUUACAAUAAUACGGACAUGGUCGCCAAGUAUACAAAUGUCGUGAAGCAGAUCUUCCAAGCGUUCGAGGUCUCUGACUUUGAAAAAGUCGCGGAGAACGUCGUAACCUUUGAGAAAGAGCUGGCCGAUGUGACUCCGGAUACGCAAACUUCAGAGGAUGUCACAAAGUAUUACAACCCACUCAGUAUCAAGGAGACCGAGUCAUUGGUGCCCCAAAUAUCCUUGACCGAUAUUAUCUCAGGGCUUGCACCGCAUGACUACAAAACCGAUCGCUUGAUUGUUGGGUCGCCUUCAUACAUGAAGGCUCUCUCCGAGAUCUUGAAGCACACCUCCCGACAGACUGUGUCUUUCUUCUUCCAAUGGAAGAUCAUCCAGGCCCGUGCCACUAGUAUUGAGGAUGACAAGAUUUCCGCCCUCACCCGAUUCAAUAAUGAACUCGCUGGAAAGGACGCAAAUGCCAAAGAAGAGCGAUGGAGAACGUGUAUUCGCAGCCUCGAUGAAGGUCUGGGCUGGAUUCUGAGUCGAUUCUACGUGUUGGAUUCAUUCUCGGAAGAGUCCAAGAAGCUUGGUGAUCAAGUGGUGUCGGACAUCAAGGAACGGUUUGCCUUCACUCUGGACCAAACCGCAUGGAUGUCUCCGGAUGUACGGAAGUUGGGUAUUCAGAAGGUGGAGAAUAUUGUUCAGAAGAUUGGUUUCCCAACUAAGAGUCCCAACGUACUGGACCCACAGGAUGUGGAGAAGUACUAUGCUGCACUCAAUGUGUCUAGCAAGACCUUCUUUGAGAACGAGGUUGCCAUCGCGAAGUUUGAUAUUGCAAACGAGUGGUCCAAGUUGGGCAAACCAACCAACCGAGAUGAGUGGGAUAUGACCGCGCCCACGGUCAAUGCCUACUAUAACCCCCCGGGGAACGAGAUCGUCUUCCCGGCCGGUAUCAUGCAACCCCCGACGUUUUACGGGCCAGCAGCACCCUUGUACCUAUCCUAUGGAGCUUUUGGAGCUGUCAGUGGCCACGAGCUCUCUCACGCGUUUGACUCGACUGGUCGGCAUUACGAUGAGACGGGCAACUACACGAACUGGUGGGAUGAUGAGACCGUCCAGGCCUUUGAAGAAAGGGCUCAAUGUUUUGUAGAUCAAUACUCCAACUUCACCGUCGAGGGACAUGGCGGCAGGUUGUUGCAUGUGAAUGGACGCCUCACCCUCGGUGAGAACAUUGCGGAUGCCGGGGGAUUGACCGCUUCGUUCCACGCCUGGAAGAAGCACGACGACGCAAAGCCCGACCUCCAUCUUCCGGGGCUGGAGGCUUUCAGCAAGGAGCAGUUAUUCUUCGUUUCCUACGCCAACUGGUGGUGUGGUAAAACUACUCCCGAGGCCGCGGAGAAGGCCAUCUAUACUGACCCACACGCGCCCAAGUCCGCGCGGAUUAUUGAAACGAUGGCAAACUCCCGCGAGUUCAAGGAGGCAUUCCAGUGCCCGGAGAAGAAGCCGGUUUGCCAGCUCUGGUAG